GGGGGGCUCAGCUGUUUCCUGUCUAUCAGCAGGUCUCUGCUCCCGAUGACGAAGCCAGGAAGGAGUCUGCUUACGCUCCUCUCUUUUUCUCCUUUUCUUUCACUCGGUCUUGACCUCCUGCCCUUUCAGCUCUGAUCUGCCAUUUCUCCCGUCUUUUUUCAAAUAACUUAUUGAUAACUUUUUAACAUCACACAUACUUUUCUUCCUUUUUUUUCUUUCUCUCUUUUUCUUUCUCUUGCAGAAACCAAAUGGGGAAUCUCUUAAAAGUGCUCACUUGCACAGAGCUUGAACAGGGGCCAAACUUUUUCCUUGACUUUGAAAAUGCACAGCCGACAGAAGGAGAGCGUGAGGUGUGGAACCAGGUGAACUCGGUCCUCCAGGACUCUGAGAACAUCCUGACUGGCCUGCAGUCGUACAAAGGAGCCGGCCAGGAGAUCAGAGAUGCAAUUCAGAACCCCAACGACUUCAUGCUGCAGGAGCGAGCCUGGAACUCAGUCUGCCCGCUGGUCAUCAAACUCAAAAAGUUCUACAGUUUCUCUCUCAGACUAGAGGAGGCCCUGCAGAGUUUGUUGGAGUGCCUGACAUGUGCACCCUUCACGCCCACUCAGCACCUGGAGAGGGAGCAGGCGCUGGCCAAACAGUUUGCUGAGAUCCUUCACUUCACUCUGCGCUUCGAUGAGCUGAAGAUGAGAAUUCCUGCCAUCCAGAAUGACUUCAGCUACUACAGAAGAACCAUCAGUCGAAACCGGAUAAACAACAUGAAUUUGGACAUUGAGAGGGAAGUCAACAACGAGAUGGCCAACAGGAUGUCUCUGUUCUACGCCGAAGCCACGCCCAUGCUGAAGACACUCAGCAACGCAACCACAAACUUUGUGACAGAGAACAAGACUCUUCCACUGGAGAACACAACAGACUGUCUCAGCACCAUGGCCAGCGUAUGUAAAGUCAUGCUGGAGACACCGGAAUACACGAGUCGUUUCAGCAGCGAGGACACGCUCUUGUUUUGCAUGAGGGUCAUGGUCGGAGUCAUCAUUCUUUAUGACCACGUCCACCCCAACGGCGCCUUCAACAAGUCCUCAAAGAUAGACAUGAAAGGCUGUAUAAAGGUCCUGAAGGACCAGCCGGCAGAUACCGUAGAAGGCCUCCUGAAUGCCCUGAAAUUCACCACAAAACACCUGAACGACGAGUCCACGCCGAAGAACAUCCGGACGAUGCUCCAGUAAUGUUUUUUUCUUUUUUAAUCUAAACAGAUAUGAAGAGGAUCAAUGCUCUGACCUCAAAUAAGAUGUAUAUGUUUACAUUAUUUAAAAAGACUCGAUGUUAAUACUUGUGUGUAUUUGCAUAGUCAUUCCCUCCAAGAUAUUGAAACCUGCAGAACAUGUACCUUCUACUUUGCAAACAUGAAAGCAUCACAUGAAUGGCCUCUGCUGUUCACAGCUGUCGAAGCACAAAUUACAGAUGCCUAUCAGCCUUAUAUAACUGAGCUUUGCAAGCAGCACUUGGAAAAAAAUGUUUGAAUUAGUUUAGUGUACAGCUUUUAGUCAAAUUCAACUUGGUGUUUUUAAAACGAAAUAAAUCUUCUUUUGAUGGUGAACAUUUUAAAUUGUGCUAAAGGUUCUCGUUUCUAUCACAAUGACAAGUGAAGAUGUUUCUGUCUUUUCACUUGAUCUAAAAAGAAUGAGACUCAACGACAGAAUAUGAAAUCAAUCAAUGUUAACAUGGACGUUUGUGUUGCAGAGAAGGGCUAAAUAUUGAAAGCAGAUAAGGGAUUGAUCGGUUCGAUGUACGUAUUGCUAAAAGCAUUUGACUAUUUUCUGUUUUAUAGUCAGCUGUUGUAUUUGUCUUUUUUUCACACUCCAAUUUUGUGCAACUGUUGAAAUAAAUUCACUGUGAACUUAAAACUUACUUUGCACAUCCAGUAAGAUCCAGUAUGUAGAGGUUUGCUUUAAAUUUGAGGUUUGAAAAGGCUGUGAAUGAAACAGGAAAUCAAAUCAACCCACCAAAUGUUUUAUUUAAUUGUUUUGCAGCAAUGCUCUGAAUGAUGCGUGUUUUGCUAUGUUUUAAGUGACUUUGUAUUAAACAGAAAAUGCAUUUCUAUAAAGGACAGGCCAAAAAAUCUUUCAUUCUGAAUAAAUGAUAUGUGCUUCUUUACUGAACACGUUUUUUAAAAGA